AUGGCCGAAAAUCAAAAAGAAAGUAUAAGAAAAGCAAAUGAAGAUUAAAUGCUCGAAAUAAAAAAAAUACUACUAUAAUUCGUCCAUUUAGAAAUAAUAGAAAAAAUAGGUCAAGGUUCAUUUGGAGAAAUAUAUAAAGCCAUAGAUAAUAAACGUAAAUGCUGGGACUAGUUGGCACUGCUCGAUAUACAAGCAUUAAUUCACAUUUAGGAAUUGAAUAAAGUCGAAGGGAUGAUUUGGAAAGUUUAGCAUAUCUUUUAUUAUAUUUUUCAAAAGGAUCUCUUAUUUGGCAAAAUCUAUCCAUAAAAGACAAAAAUGAAAGGUUUAAAAAAUUUCAGAAUUAAAAAUGAAAAGUAGUCAUAAUGA